GUCUUGUCUUGAUCGAAUUUCACGAUGCACUCCAUGAAUUGGUGAUAGUCAUGGAGUUACGGCUUAUUUUAUAUCCUGGGUAAACAAGCAUGGAUGUGCUCAAGCACCUUCAGCUAUCUUUAGCUGAUCACUACGAGCAGGCUUUCGACGAGGCUCAACGAAAUCUCGCGGCGGAAAUAUGUACGCGUGAUAGGAAAAUCCGAGAGCUUGAGGCACAGAACAAGGCUUUGCAGAGCUCAAAUACGAGUGAAAGACUGCGCGUUCAGGAACUAGAAGGUCAGGUGAAGCAGCUGGAAGACGACAUUGGGUCCGAAAGUAGAGCAGCAAAUGAGGAACAACAAACGGUGGAAAGGCUGUCAACUCUACGAUCUACAUAUGACCCUAAAAGGUUGAGUCGGUCAAUUCAUGAUUCAUACCCCGAGAAUACGGAUAAGAAAUUUGACAAGUCUCUUGAGCAGCUGGAAGGUUCCUAUCAGGCUCUCUACGAUGACGUUCGUACCUUGUUGAGCGUUACAGAUUCCCUGCGAAUCCAAGUCAAACGACACAAGGAACGAGCCGUGCAGUGGCAGCGUUGGCAAUGCCACAAUAACAAAACACAGUUGAAUCACGAAUUACCAAAUUUGCCUCAGAGUUCGGCCGUCGUGAAAUCUGCGGGUCAUAAUCAAGUGAAAACAAGUAGCACCAAAUCACAGCCGGAUAUGCUGCAAGCAGAGAAGGCAAGCCUUGCUCAGUCGGAUAAUACACAUUACCACGAGGUCGACAGAGAACUGCAACGUGUUAAAGAGCACUCUUCCGAAAUAAAUCACAGUCAUACAGACCCAGUGCAAUUCAAGGCGGAGCCCCUUUCAUCCAGUCCUCUACCCGAAGUUCCACCGUGUCAAGAGAUGAAUGGUUCGGAAACCCAGGAUCUUGAUGACGUAGGUCAUUUGGUGAAUACUCCAAGGAGACAAACGUUGGAUGAAUACGAAGAAAAUUCACCAGAUUUCCAGAGAGUUGAUAGCAAUUACCAAAACCCGCAAGACAAAGAAUCACAUGCUCUUCAGCCAAGAGAUGCCAAUCAGGUAAUUUCUGACGAUAAAAUACAAGAUUUCCCGUCUAAACGAAGACGAACAAAUGGCAGAGGAGUCAAUACAAUUUCAAGAGUUUCCGAGGACGGAAAUGAUUUCUUUUCCAAACCAAAAUCUAGACGUGAAGAGAAGCCUUCGCCGCAAACUCGCACUAGGCAGCCUCAAACUUAUCUUCGUCUUGAUGCCCUACUCCAAGAACGUCCACAGGCGCAUCGUCAAUCACUUGAUCAACGAUCCUCAGAUUCAACAGCACCAUGUACAUCAGAUGCCUCAACGCGAGAUCGAGGAACAUCAAACAAGCCAGUAAAUAUUGGACAGCCGCUUAACAAUGAGUUACGUAGUGAAAAUGAAGUUGGGCUGGAAACAAAUGGAACACGCUUAACUGCAGAAAACAAAUUUGCUCGAGGAUCGAAAAUCGAUAAUGAAAGAUGGAAGCUUGUGGCUCAGUCCGUCCCUUACAGAGAAAGACCAGUUGAUUUUUUGGACCUUAACUGUUUCAGGCUCAACCCAGCGAGAAACGAAGGCUUCAACUUUGCGUUUAAGGAAGUGGUUCGUAAUCGCGACCAACGGAUAUGUCUUCCUGGCUGUAUGCGUCCAGACUGCUGUGGUAACAAAUUUCGAGCUAUGGUUCGAGCAGGCGGCAUAAAGUUUGAAGAGAAGGAUCAAGCUUCACUGGAGCAUUUCCUUGGCGACAGGAAAGACACACUCGACGCGAUGACUGAUAUCGAGCGACAGCAGCUCCUCAUUGAGGUGAAAGCAAAGGCACUGGCUGAUCAGUUUGGCAGGCAUAGACCUGCCCACGAUCGUCCUCGUUCGCCUCCUGGCUUCUGGCGUACAGACAUGCCGAGCACCCAGGAGUUAGCUAAUGACCACAGAGAAGCUGAUCGGAUCUCAAGGGAUAAGAUUAUAGAACGAGUUCAAGAAGCUAUGCGGCCUAAUGGGCUGUGGAAAUUUGCUGAUGAGGUAUGAAUUUCGCAGUUUUACUUGAUCUCAAUGGGAUUAGAUAUGUAAAUAUAUUAGAACAAUCCAUUCUAAAUGCUUG